AAAGAGAAAAAAACAGGUGCAUGUGGCCAGUGCAUGUGCAAUUACUGGGUCAAGUGUCAGAACUGCGGCAUUACAUAGUACCUAACACAAGAGUUGCAAUUAGCUUUUUGAUACAAGUUGAAGCUUCAACCUUUUUCUUCCUUAUCAUCGUCGAAAGGAAAAAAAAAAACCACCAAAAAAAAACUAAACUCGAGUCUCGAAGACUUCCUACUUUUUAUCUAUCCCUCUACCCACCUCCGUAUUAUACUCGAGCUCUUCAUCUGUUGAAAUCUCUUUUUUCAGCUUCUUAUAGGUCAAUUGCUGCAGCAUGCAAGCCUUCUCGAGACAUCUGCGGCCAGGCGCUGCUACCCUGCGCCAGCUUUCUCGACGAGCUUACAGUUCUACGAACUCGCCUUAUUCCCAGACGAUCGAGAACCUGCGCAUUAACGGAGACACCAAGGUUAUCUUCCAGGGCUUUACUGGAAAGCAGGGAACUUUCCACGCUCAACAAGCCAUCGACUAUGGGACCAAGGUCGUCGGAGGCACGAACCCCAAGAAGGCUGGCCAGGAACAUCUCGGUCUGCCCGUCUUUGGUAAUGUCGGUGAGGCCGUGAAGGCAACUGGCGCAAACGCCACUGCGAUAUUUGUGCCUCCUCCUCUAGCCGCCGCUGGUAUCGAGGAGGCUGUUUCUGCCGAAGUCCCCCUCGUCGUCUGUAUCACUGAGGGUAUUCCCCAACAUGAUAUGGUCCGCAUUACCGAUAUUCUCAAGUCGCAGUCUAAGACUCGCUUGGUUGGCCCCAACUGCCCUGGUAUCAUUGCUCCUGGACAGUGCAAAAUCGGUAUAAUGCCUGGCUUCAUCCACAAACGUGGCCGUGUUGGUAUCGUCUCCCGUUCCGGUACCUUAACCUAUGAAGCUGUCAACCAGACCACCCAGGCUGGUCUCGGCCAGUCUCUUGUCGUUGGUAUUGGCGGUGACCCUUUCAGCGGGACAAACUUUAUCGACUGCCUUAAAGUCUUCUUGAAGGACGAGGAGACGGACGGUAUCAUUAUGAUUGGAGAGAUUGGUGGUUCUGCCGAAGAGGAUGCCGCGGACUUCCUUAAGGAGUACAACACUGCCAACGGUGGCAAGCCUGUUGUCAGCUUUAUCGCUGGUAUCAGCGCUCCUCCGGGGCGACGAAUGGGUCACGCCGGGGCCAUCGUAUCAGGUGGUAAGGGCGGAGCAGAUUCUAAGAUUAAAGCUCUAGAGGCGGCCGGUGUAGUGGUAGAACGCUCUCCUGCCAACUUGGGGCGCGCAUUGAGGGAAGCAUUUGUCAAGAGGGAUCUUUUAUGAGUAACCUGUUGAUGCACAAAUAUAGAAAAGGGCGGGUCUCUAGACGUCGUAUACGUCUUGGUGAACAUUAUAUGGAGAAACCGCCGGAGUCCAAGGAUAUCCGACCCUGCGGCAGGACGGCGGGACAGACGUCUAAGCAUUUGUGGUAGUUGGUAAGCUGGACUGCAUUUGUCCCUAGGAGAACAUCCUGGGAGUGUUUCACUUAACUUUUUGAUAGACAGACGGAGCGGUGGCGAAUAAUGCAUUGUAUCUUGAUACGUUUGCCUCCUUAUCAUCUCUACAUCUGUUUCCAAGCCUCAACAGCUUUAAGUUUUUUACGUCUGGCUAUAUCUAUUUACAAUAACUUGAGCCGAGUUUAAGUCUUACUAUACCUUUUCCUCUGGCUUUCCUUAAUAGCAUACGCACGAACUGCCAUUGGUUCUACACCGAGGUCAUGGGUGUUAAUCAAACAUGGAGAGAUGCCCUAGGUUAGAUCCCUAGACAUGACCCCGCCUGAUAAUUCAGGUAUCCAUAAAGCAUUAGAAUUGCCGCGUUGAAAUCUGGGGUCUCCGCACUGGUCCUCUAAAAUGGUUGGGUGACUAUCAGGGUUGGUCCGCGGGCUAUGCCCAGAUUUGGAGCAUAUACGUCUAG